UUGAUAUAAGGUGGCAUUAAUUGUUUAAAAAUGAAAACACCAAAACCAAAAGAACUAAAAAAAGAUGAAUUAAAGCCGACCAAAAAAGAGACCGGUCUUGCCGAGGAUGGUAAGGUAACUAAAAAAGCGAAAACAAAGCCCAAAAAGAAGUUGGGCAAAGAAGUAAAGCAGGAGGUAAAGGCCGCUGUCCAGGAGAGUCCCAAGAAACUGUCGUCGAAAGAUCUGGCGAAAAUCGAAAAGAAAAAAGCCAAAAAGCAGGCUCAGAAACUGAAAAAGCAACAAAAUAAAUUGGUCCCUAAGGAGGUCACGAAAGAACCGGAAACGGUUAUUAUUAAGGAGAAAAUCAAGGACCAAGCUGUGGAAAAACAAAAAGGAAAAGUUACCAAGAAGGCAAAGGCCAAUAACAAGAAAGACGAAGGUGUUAAACGGGAACGCAAUCCUGAGGACGAAGCAGCCACCGUAUUUGUGGGCAAUCUGCCAAUUAACACCAAGCGCGUUCAGCUAGUGAAGCUCUUCCAGCAGUACGGUUCCGUGCAAUCCAUCCGAUUGCGCACAGCCGGUGGUAAGCAGCUCUUUAAGCACAAACAGCGCAAGGGGGCCGGCUCCCUAAACGCCUAUGUGGUGCUUCAGAAUCCAGAAACUGCCAAGCAGGCCCUGGCCCUUAAUGGAUCACAAUUCAAAGACAACCAUCUGCGAGUGACUCCCGCUGCUAAAGCCGAAACCUAUAGACAGGGAAAAGAUGAACAACCAAAUGACAAUGAUGCCAAACGGACGAUUUUCGUGGGCAGCCUUAAAUACUCGGCAAACGAGGAGAAACUGCGCGAGAUCUUCUCCAGCUGCGGCGAGAUUGACUACGUUCGGUGCCUUCAGGAUGGCGACAAGGGCUGCAAGGGCGUGGCCUACGUUUGUUUCCAGAAACCUGACGCUGUGGGCCUAGCUCUAGAACUAAAUCAAACCCUUUUAGAUGACAGGCCAAUCAACGUGGAGCGCUAUCAAGUUAAGAAACUAGGUGCCAAACAAGUACGCGACGCUGCUGCCGCAUCCGCUGCAUCAAGCACGUCUUCAAAAACCAAAGCCAAGAAACAAAACUCUGUAGGCGCCAAAAAACGAUUGGACAAGAAAAAGGUCAAGGAGAACGGUACUGCGGCAAAGGAAACUAACGGAGCAGCAACUGGGGGUCAAAAGAAAAAAUCCGAAUACCGAGGAGUGAAAGUAGAUGGCAUUAAGAAGGCGAAAAAGCCCAAAAAGAAGAGCAAUGACCAACAGACGGCUUUGGCCAAAAAGAUAGCCCCCAAACAGAAGAGUUAAUUUACAUAUAGCUUACGUCUAAAGUCUUAAUUAGGUUGCAAUUCAAUCGAAAGAAUUUGGUUUCUAUUUCUGUUACGAAGUUGACCAUCGAAUGUUCAGUUCAAGUAAAGAUACACAUUUUUAGUUUAACUUCUUAAGGAUCCAAAUAAAUUGUGUAUACAGUAA